CCAUCAGCCAGGCGAUCUGCCAGAGGCUUGACGGCAUGGAGGCGAAGUUACAGGUACUGGAGGCUACAUGUCGGGCUCUGGAGGAGAAGUUUGACACAGUAAUAGGAAAAAGUUCAGGACCUAUCCAGGUGCCCAUGGUGGCUGGUUCCCCAUUCGGUGCAACCCAAAGCUGUGACAAAAUACGCUGUGUGGUGCCCCAGACCAAUGUGGUUGUGAGCAGCGAACGUGCAAAAGCACCCCAUGAGGAGCCUCUACCUCGAACCACAGACUCUCUGGAAAAUCUACUCAGCAAUAAUCCAUUAACCACUAACUAUUUGCUUGGCAGUACUGUUGGCAGGACAAGGCAAAAAACCAUAGUGCUGAAAGUACCAGGACCAGAUGAAAGCCAGGAGGACCAGGACAGUGGAUCAGAGGCCAGCGACUCUGUGUCCAACAGCGGCCAGUCAUCUGGGCAGAACAUCAGCAAUGUCACGCUCAUCACCCUCAAUUCAGAAGAUGACUACCCUGCAGGAACGUGGCUCGGGGAUGAAAAUAACGCAGAGAUGCGUGUGCGCUGCCCCGUGUCACCAGCGGACAUGCUGCACAUCAGCAGCAACUGCCGCACACCAGAGAAGAUGGCUCUUACGUUGCUGGACUACCUGUUUCACCGUGAGGUGCAGGCUGUCUCCAACCUGUCUGGCCAGGGCAAGCAUGGCAAGAAGCAGCUGGACCCGCUCAUGAUCUACGGCAUCCGCUGUCAUCUGUUCCACAAGUUCAGCAUCACAGAGUCGGACUGGUACAGAAUCAAGCAAAGCAUCGAUUCCAAGUGUCGCACGGCAUGGAGGCGGAAGCAGCGUGGACAGAGCCUGGCUGUCAAGAGCUUUUCCCGCAGAGCACCCGUAGGCCGCACAGAGGGAGGUUCAAUAACAGAAACGGCAUCUUUAGAGAGCUCUACGCAACAGGCCCUCCAGUACGCUCUGGCCGGCGCUGCCCAGCAGGUCCAGAUCCACCGAAUAGGAGAAGACGGGCAGGUGCAAGUUAUUCCACAGGGACACCUCCACAUAGCUCAGGUGCCACAGGGGGAGCAGGUGCAAAUCACACAAGACAGUGAGGGCAAUCUACAGAUCCACCAGGUUCACGUUGGACAGGAUGGACAGGUUUUAAGAGGGACUCAGCUCAUUGCAGUGGCUUCUGCUGAUGGGACAGGAGGGGUCGAGGCGUCUCCUCUGCAGGCUAACGACAUCCAGGUUCAGUACGUCCAGCUUGGGACUGUCACCGACCAUGCAGGAGCUGUGCAGGCUGAUGCGCUAGACUCCGCAUUGCAGGCAGAGAUGGAAGUGAAGGAGGCCAUUCAAAUUCAGCAAGGUGCCAACGGAGAAGUGGUUCAGAUCCAGAUGCCUGUCAACACUGUCGGCACCUGAGAUGCCAUCCCAUGCAUUCUCUCUCUCACAGAGUACUCUUCUGUAUACACAGUGCGAUUUUGCAGGCCGAGAGAAAGAGACGAAAAAUGUGGGAGCUCAGACUCAAAGAUUAAAGCUGCAGUUUGUAACUGUUAUUAAAAAAGUGACAUUAAAUAGUGCUGGCAUUAUUGUGCUGUUAAAAGGCAUUGCUGGCAGGUCACAACGUGAUGCUAUCGUAUCGAUCCAUACAGUACUAUACUGCAGAACAGACUAAUGUUCUGCAGCUUGCAUGCAGUAUUACAUUAUUUUAAACAGUGAGGUCCCCAAAAGCUUAUUAAUUACAUACUGCAGCUUUAAAUCAAAGUAUAAACAAACCCUACAGUUCAUUUGCAGUCAGCCAGUUUACUGGCAAUCUCCCGACAAUCACAGACUGAGAAAUCGGCCAGUCAGCUUAUUAACACAAAGCAAUGUUGGCCGCAGUGCAGACUUGUCAAAGCUGCAUAGGAUACAGGCUGUGGGCCAGCAGUGUACACCAGAUAGGAGAUUUAUUUCCCCCUGCAUCUGUGCUCCAUCACUCCAGCACCUCCGCUGCACUCGAGGAGUUUAUUUAAUUGCAGCUUAAAGCAAUCCGUCCAUUUA